AUGUCGACACCUCAGGAUCUCGACACGGCGCGCGCAGGGCGGACGGAGCAUCUGGUAGUUCCAGGUAGUCAAGCAGGAUCGCGCGACCCAUCGACCCAUCGCAUCAAGAACCUCCCCGGUUACACCACCCCAGUCUUCAAAGGAAAAGAAGAACAGCGUGCAUUGGUCGAAACCGAAGUCGCUGCUAAGGGCUUCAUCCCGCAAGAACUUGUUGGCGGUGAGGUUAACUGGUUCUACACCGGUCUCGGCAUCGACGACACAUACUUCUCCAACGAAUCUCGCGAGGUCAUCGUCGAUCAUAUCAUCGCCCUCUUUGGCGCCAAAAUCCUCGCAUACACCAAGCACGAUCCCAGCCAAUUCGUUAUCGACCUUGAGAAGAUCGAUGAUAACGAGAACGGUGCGACAUUCAUUCACACCAGUGCGCCCGGAUGCACGACCACACAGGGACCCGGCGCGACUUGUGAGGCAAGGAUCGACGAGCUCUUCCUUGACCAUUCGACACCCGAGAAGGCCUAUCGUCUAGAGACUUUCCGUUCAGCAGGCUCCAUAUCUGCUACGGCAUCACAGCAAUUGCGAUGCUACUUCGUUACGAAAUGCAACUUCCCCAUCAAGGCAGAGGCCAUCCCCGGACAAAAAACUGACAUUCGCCAAGUUUCUGACCCCAUUUUCUUGGAGAAGGCCACAGAAAACACGUUGGAGAUCUAUCAGAAGGUGAUCUGGAACGUGGAGAGCCGAUAUGGGCCAGUCAUGGAGGUGUUUGAAGUCGAAGGCAGCCGCGAACGGCGUCUUGUCAUUGGCUACAAGAUGGGAGGCACAUCACGUUUCUUCAGCGCCCUAUCAAACCUUUACCACUACUACCAACUCUACUCGACGCGUAAAUAUGUCGAGCAAUUCUCUAAUGGAAUCACCAUUAUCUCGCUCUACCUCAACCCCCUCCCUAAUUCGACCGCUCCUCCCAUCGAGCAUUCAAUCUAUCAAGUGAUGAAGGAAGCCUCCCUUCUUUACUGCUUGCCCGACAACCCCUUCUUCUUACCCAACGCUCCCGAGAGCAACGCCCAGGCCGUCCAAGAGGCCAUGUAUGCUUACUGUGGAUGGAUCUUCGCCCAACACUUCUGUAACCGACUUGGCAACUCGUAUCUUCAACUCAAGAACCUGCUCGAUGAAUCCAAUCCCGCCCACGCCGAAGUGUUGAACGAUAUUAAGAGACGAUUCAGGGAGGAGACUUUCACUCGCGAGAGUAUCGCGCAAGUCAUUCACGCGCAUACUAACUUGAUUCAGCUGUUGUAUGUCAACUUCGCGAUGGUGCACUAUCCUCAGUCGGAUGAUGCCUCCCAGAUGAUGCCCACGCUAUCGUAUCAACGUCUUCAGACCACUCAACCUCUGAACGACGAAGAGUUGCAUGACCUAAUGAGGCGCACAGUGACCAACAAGCACGAGCUCCAAGUCCUCGAGAGUUUCUUGAUCUUCAACAAGCAUGUUCUCAAGACGAACUUCUACCAACCCACGAAAGUCGCGCUGUCGUUCCGCCUGGCACCCGAUUUCCUGCCUGAAGUCGAGUACCCCAAGAAGCCGUUUGGAAUGUUCAUCGUGAUUGGAAAUGAAUUCCGUGGAUUCCAUAUCCGUUUCCGCGAUGUCGCUCGAGGUGGGAUCCGUCUCGUCAGGUCGAGAAACAAAGAGAACUACUCCAUCAACCAACGUCAAUUGUUCGACGAGAACUAUGGCCUGGCAUCCACUCAGUCCUUGAAGAACAAGGAUAUUCCGGAAGGUGGAGCAAAGGGAACUAUCCUCCCCUCCCUUGGGGCGAAUCCACGCCUUUGCUUCGAGAAGUAUGUCGACGCUAUCAUUGACCUCCUCAUCCCCGGCCAGACCCCAGGAAUAAAAGAGAAGCUCACGGAUCUUUACGGCAAACCCGAGCUGCUAUUCUUCGGACCAGAUGAGGGGACUGCGGACAUGAUGGAUUGGGCUGCUCUUCACGCUCGGUCUCGCGGGGCCGAAACAUGGUGGAAGUCCUUCACUACCGGCAAGAGUGCUGAGCACCUGGGUGGUGUUCCUCAUGACGCGUACGGCAUGACCUCCCUGUCCAUCCGGCAAUACGUUUUGGGUAUCUAUAAACAGCUUGGAUUGCGGGAGAAAGACAUCACGAAGGUGCAGACUGGUGGUCCAGAUGGUGAUCUCGGGUCAAACGAGAUUUUGUUGAGUUCGGACAAGACAGUGGCCAUUAUUGACGGUAGUGGCGUGCUCGCCGACCCCGCUGGAAUCAACCGGGAGGAACUCAUCCGUCUUGCUAAACUUCGCGUACCAAUCGGUAACUUCGACACGUCCAAGCUCAGCAAGGAUGGGUACCUUGUCAAAGUUGAUGAUCAGGACGUCAAGCUCCCUACCGGCGAAGUUGUCUUCAACGGUACAGAUUUCCGUAACGUCGCGCAUUUGAGGUUCAAGGCCGACUUGUUCGUCCCUUGUGGUGGCCGUCCGGAGGCUGUCAACGUCUCAAAUAUGGCCGCACUCGUUGACUCCGAAGGCAAGCCCCACUUCAAAUACAUUGUGGAGGGCGCGAAUCUCUUCUUGACGCAACAAGCUCGUCUCUAUCUCGAGAAGCGCAAGGUCAUUCUAUUCAAGGACUCUAGCGCGAACAAGGGUGGUGUAACUAGUUCCUCGCUGGAAGUUCUCGCCGGUCUCGCGCUAGACACCCAGGAAUACGUUGAUCUUAUGAUAUUCAAAAAUGGCAAGCCAUCGCCCUUCUACCAGAGUUAUGUCAAGGACAUCCAGAGCAAGAUCGUCGAGAACGCAGCAGCAGAAUUCCACUGUAUCUGGCGCGAGCACUCUCGUCUACAGGGUGCCAAGCCUCGAACGACCAUCUCAGACGAGCUCUCGUCCACCUUGAACAAUCUCCAGGCCGAGCUUGAAGGCUCCGACCUGUUCGACGAUCUACCUAGCAGACGAGGCGUUAUUCAACGUGCCAUCCCGAAGACACUUGUCGAUCAGGUUGGCUUGGAUGUGUUGAUGAAGAGGCUGCCCGAGGCAUACCAACGUGCCCUAUUCUCAAGCUGGGUGUCGUCGCAUUUUAUUUACAAAUACGGUGUCAACGCAUCGAGCGUCGAUUUCUUCCACUUUGCUCGGGAUUUGGCUGUCAACUAA